AUGCUCCAGACUCUGCCUUGGGCUUACUGUUUUGACGUGAUUUUAGCCGCAAGUAGAAGCUUACAGACCCUAGGCUCCUGGCAACAAACAAGCGGUCGCUUUCUCAGUGCCUGUCGUGUACUGUCUUCGCGGUUGCAGAAAGAGCAAGAGCGAUCGGCUGGACUUCACAGUGGUGGACUGGGAGAAGAAGCGCCAGAAGCGUAUAGGCUGUUGUUGGCGAGUAGAGGGUUACUGAAUCAUGUGGCUGGAGGUUCUUCGACGAUGUGGACGACUACGAG